AUGGAGGACGAUAGCGGGCUUGAGCUCAGUUUGGGUUUAUCUUAUGGUGGUUCAUCAUCCAAACCAAAGAGCAAGAAUGGAAGCUCUUCGGAUACUAGGUCAGAAGAAGUUGGUAGAGGUGGCAAGAUGGUGGAUGAUUUUAAGAGCAUGUUUAAUACCGAUCCUCAGAAGCCGGAAUCAAUCACUAGUACCCGAAGGGCUGAUUCCUCGAAGCACGAGGAGAAUUUCUUUAGUGACCUUUCAAAGGUCAAAGAAGAUAAUGCUUCUUUGAAUUUGAACGGGAGAGGGUUUCUUGUUGGAAACAGCCAUAAUAAACCUAUUGAAAUCGAUGAAAAUAAACGGUUAGAGGUAGUAAAUAAGCGGAGAAUGUCUUUCGAUGACAUACGUAAUCAAAAGAGGCAUGACAGCGAUGGUCAUCAUGGUGAUUUACAUGACCGGGCAAGAGCUUCUCAUAUUUCUUUAACAGAAGAUGGCUCAACUGCAGAAAAUGAAGACGUGGCUGAUUCGGAAGCUGAGAACUCUACCUCCAGGCCUCUCUCGCACCAUAGUGAUGGUUCCAAAGGAUUUGUUAGAGUUGGCGGUGCUUCUUCCGAUGCUCCAAAAGAGAUUCGUGGAGUCGCUGACUCAAGUGCCAACGGGCAGAAGAGGUUUACCGCAUCAACAGAAAAAGAUUUUAAACAUGCAAACAUGACUUAUGGUUCUACCUUCUCGGCUCAACCAGUGAAUAUGAUGAAUGUACCUUACACUUCGGUAAAAGAUUCAAACUCUGUUGGAGCACCAAGUUCUCAAAUACCUGGAGUGAUGCAUAUGAUGCCGGCUGCAACCGGUGAACGCGCAGGAGCUCAAUCUGUGAGUAACGGAAACUUGCCAAUGAUGUUCGGACAUCCGUAUGUUCAGCUUCCUAUGUUGGAUAAAGAUAGCUCAUGGGGACGUCCCCAACAAUUUCAUCCAUCCUUUGCUGGGAGAGGUCCGACUAACUCAGCUGCGUUACACCUAAACAAUAUAUCUGAGGCCAUGCCAUACGAAGGAAGGCCACUAGAACGAGCCAAAAGUGACGGAAAACAGCGUGUCACCGAAGAAGGCUCCUUUUCCCAACCUGAAGAUGUGAAAGGAAGCAGCACAAACCUCAGGGGCAAAGAUGCAUCAGAACAGUCGAAAGUUGAAGGUUCGACAAUUGAUUUUUCUAAUAUCAAGCCAGGGCUCGCUGCAGAUGUGAAAUUCGGAGGAUGCGGUGCGUACCCAAAUCUGCCUUGGGUAUCGACCACAAACUCAAACGGGAGAACAAUAUCAGGUGUUACUUACAGGUACAACACUAACCAAAUUAGAAUCGUCUGUGCAUGUCAUGGCUCUCACAUGACCCCCGAAGAUUUCGUUCGCCAUGCAAAUGACGACCAAGCAAACCCCGAAGGCAAUGCGGUUUCAGGAACCGUUCCAAAUGGUAAUCUUGGUUCCUCUUCUCACAGUUAG